UUGGCAGCACCGCUGCGAGAUGAUGGUGGCUGCGGCUGCUGAGAGGAACAAGGAGCCCAUCCUGUGCGUGCUCCGCCAGUAUGUGGAUCCUGCCCAGCGCGGCGUUCGCGUGCUCGAGGUGGCCUCGGGCUCCGGCCAGCACGCCGCGCACUUUGCACAGGCUUUCCCGCACGCUGAGUGGCAGCCGUCAGACGUGGACCAGCGCUGCCUGGACAGCAUUGCCGCCACCACCCAAGCCCAAGGGUUGUCCAAUGUGAAGGCCCCGCUGUACCUGGACGUGACCUGGGAGUGGGAGCAAUGGGGCGGAAUCCAGCCGCGGUCGCUGGACCUUUUGCUCUGCAUCAAUAUGACCCACAUCAGUCCCCUGAACUGCACUGAGGGACUUUUCAAAGCAGCAGGACAGCUGCUUAAAACCAAGGCUGUGCUGAUCACCUAUGGGCCCUUUGCAGUCAAUGGAAAGAUCUCUCCCCAGAGCAACGUGGACUUUGACCUGACCCUCAGAUGCAGGAACCCAGAGUGGGGGCUUCGUGACACAGCCCUCCUGGAGGAACUAGGCCAGGCCAGCGGCUUAGUCCUGGAGAGGAUGGUAGGCAGGGCAAUGGUGGGGGGUAGAGAAUCUCCCUGGGAAUAAGGGCCACUCCAGCAAAGCAUUUUUCCAGGUGACAUGCCAGCCAACAACAAGUGCCUGAUUUUCCGGAAAGAAUAGCCUAUUUCCUACCUCCCAUGUGCCUGCAUCUUUGUCAAAGGUUCUGUCACGGUACAAGCUAGACCUCAGCCCCUCCCCGAGUCACUCCUUGGGAUAAAUUAGUCCCUCCUAAUCUGGUGGCCAUAGUGCUACAGAGAACCUGGGCCCAAUGGGCCAUGAAAUAAAACCACUCCAUUUCACUACA